AUGACGGUCACAACCCCACACCAACACCAGCCAUCCCUCUCCUUCCGCCCCGCCACGCCCGCCGACAUCCCCCUCCUCCUCCCCCUGAUCCGCUCCGCCUACCGCGGCGAAGCCUCCCGCAAGGGGUGGACGACGGAGGCGGACCUGGUGGCGGACCAGCGCAUCGACGAGCGCGGGCUGCUGGCCAAGCUGGAGGAGCCCGAGGGCGUCGUCUUGCUCGUCACUGAAGACGACGCUGCCGUCAGCACCACCACGCCGCCGCUUGCCUGCUGCGAAGUCGUACGGAGCAAAAAGGACCCUACGGUGGCGUAUUUUGGCCUCUUUGCCGUGAAUCCUGCGAGGCAGGCGGGCGGGGUGGGCAAGACCGUGUUGAGUUUCGCCGAGGCGUAUGCGCGGCGGGAGUGGGAGGGCGUGGUCAGGAUGGAGAUGUGUGUUUUGUGGAUGCGGGGGGAGCUGAUUGCGUGGUAUGAGCGGAGGGGGUAUGGGAAGACGGGGGAGAGGAGGCCGUUUCCGUACGCGGAGAUGGUUGGGGGCGUUGCGUUGCGGGAUGAUUUGUGGUUCGAGGUUUUGGAAAAGGUGUUGUGA